AAAGAAAAGGGUGGUGGAUGAUUGGGGUGGGGGAGGCCGGUGCCUGUGCCUGUUAGUGGACUGGUGGUAGUGGGACCCACGCCACGUCAAUUCCAGCUCAUCAUUCCAGCCGUCUGUUUUGUUGGUUGGGAAAGUAAAGAAAGCAGGUUUGGUUCCGUUCUGGAGGGAGGGGGAAGCAGGAGCAGGAAAUCAGCCAUCAGCCAUGGAUUUCUCUUCCGUCUCUGUUUGAUUUGAUUGGGAUUGGUUCUUGGUUGCUGCUUUGCUUUGGUCGAAAUUCCAUUCCAUUUCCAUUGCAUCGGCAGCCUCCAUCCCAUCCAGUUUGGCUGGAUUCCUCUCAUCCGAUCCACCACCACCGUCGACCGUCGUCGCUGCUUGGUUGCCUGCUUGGCUCCCUUACCUUACCUUACCUUACCUUACCUUACCUUACCUUACAUGAUGGAUGCUCGAAUCGCCACCGCUGGUGUUGGCGUUGGCGGCGGCGCCGGGACAUGUGCCGCCGGCGGAUUCGUCUGGGACGUGCUGCUGUGGCGCCGGGGCCGCGCCGACGUGAGCGCCUGCCUGCUGGCGGCCACCGUCUCCUCCUGGCUGCUCUUCUACGGCGGCCUGGUCCGCGGCUACACCUUGCUGUCCCUCGCCUCCAGCGUGCUCCUCCUGCUCCUCACCGUGCUCUUCCUGUGGGCCAAGGCAGCGCGCCUCCUCAACAGGCCGCAGCCUCCCGUGCCGGAGCUGCGUGUUCCGCAGCAGGCCGUGGACGAUGCGGCGGCGCUGCUGCGCUCUGCUCUCGACGCCGCCUUGGAUGCCUUCCGGGACAUCGCGCUGGGCAGGGACUCGCUGCUCUUCUACCGAGCCUUCCUCUGCCUGUGGAGCGUCUCCAUCGUCGGCAGCCUCACAGAUUUCCCAACCGCCUGCUACGCAACAGGCAUCGUGGCUGCUCUGACCAUCCCGGCGCUGUACCACAGGCACCAAGAAUGCAUCCGCACCUACAUGAGCUUCGCCUACAUGAACCUCCGGAUGUACGAGAUGGUGUACGAGAGGUUGUCCAUGAAAUGCUUCCUCAGGAUCAGGGACUGGGUCAUGGAGCUACUCAAGGAUCCAUGACCACUCACUCACCCUACUACCGAGCUGCUUGUGCACUUUGUGUAGUUGUGCUUGGCUUGCUUCUAAAAUGAUUGAUUGAUUUGGUUGGCUUGCUUCUUCUUUGCUUGUGCAUAGCGUAGCGCACUAACACUAGGUCUGAGACUGGGAUCUUGUGUUGGUGCUUCAGGUAUAUUAUUAUACGUAGUUCAUUCAUUGAUAGACAGAGGCAAUACUCGUAUAGUAGUUUUGAUUGAUGCUGAUGAUUGUUUGAUUGCUUUGGAUUCGGGGAGUGGUGUGCUGGUUGCUGCUUUCACCUUCUUCUGCUUGUGCAGUGCUCUUGUUGUUCAGUUCAGGGGAGCUAAGCUAGUCUUUACUCUUCUCUUUAGUGGUGUGUCAUGCUCAUGCUGAAUUGCUGAUGCAUGCAAGGUGCCUUCUGAUUCUGCAAGAUUCAUGUAACAUUUCUGAAAUAUAUACUAUUAGCUUGCAAACAUCUUGGAUGGCUGGAGUACCUCCCACUUCA